AUGUCAUCUCAAACCGGCACAGCCAGCACAGCCGCGACCCUAGCGCCGGCCUUGUUCCCGGCACGCACCCCCCUGACCGCCGCACAAAUCGCAUCAGGCAUCCAGGCAGCACUUUCGAUCCAGCGACGCGCCGUGACCCACGGCAAACGCCCCUUCGCCGCCGUCCUCCUAGCCCCGGACAACGAGACCAUACUCCUGACGCACCAAUCCGUGGACCAAGUAAACCACGCCGAGAGCUGCCUCGCGCGGCUAGCUUACACGCAUUAUCCCAAGGACUACUUAUGGCGGUGCACGCUGUUCAGCACAUGGGAGCCCUGCGGUAUGUGCACUGCCACUAUUUACUGGGCGCAUAUAGGCCGCAUUGUGUUCGCGGGUACCAAUGACCAGCUGUACGAGUUGACGGGACCCGGGAAUACGGAGAAUUUCACGAUGAAUUGGCAUACCAGUGACUUCCUGAAAGGGUGUCCGCAGAAGGAUAUCGAGGUCAUAGGACCGUUGGAAGAGGAGGGGAGGAUCGUGGUGGAAGAGAGCGACAAGUAUUGGUGUACCAGAAGAACCGCUGCUGGCCAAGCCUAA